AUGGCAAAUUUGAUUAAAAACCAGAUAGAAGAACACCUUUCCUAUGUCUCUGAGCUAGAGAAGGUCUCGCUUAAGGGAAGAAGGGAGAUGGAGGAGUUCUUGCAAUUUGUGAAGAAGAAAAUCCAAACAGAGAAAAGCAAAACUUCUCACCUUUCCCAACUCUUUAAUUUUGAAACUAAGAAUCUUCAAAAUUCUCCUUUUGCAAAGAUCAUUGAAACUAUGAAGCAGAAGUGUAAGAAUGAAGCGGAGCAAUACCAGGAUUUUGUGAAAAAUCUUGUAGAGGAUGUGGCUACACCAUUUAAGAAGGCUCUUGAGGAUUUCAAUCAAACCUCCCAGAACCUUUUUGGUAAGAUCAAGGAUCAAGUCAUUUGUCUGUCUUAUGACCUUGACAAAUUUCAAAAGAUGCAAUGGAGGUAUGAGGAUAGCUCCAAAGCAUUUAUAAAAACUCUGUAUAAAUAUGAUGAUUUCCAAAGACAAUCUACUGAGCACAGUUCUGUAUUUUAUCAGAAAUAAACUGUUCCAAGAAAUCGGUUCUCAAAUGGUUAUAAACGAAGAGAAAGUCAUCGAAUGUGCUUCCCAAGAAGAAGGCAUCAACGAAAUUAUUACUGAAUAUAGCCAGAAUUUGGAGAACUUCAGAAAUGAGUUUGAACAACUUGAAUCAAACAGGUUCCAAAGCAUCGAAGAUGCUAUGAACAAGAUAGUCAUCUUUGAAACAAGUUGUGAUUUGAACAAUAAGUAUGACACUAAAGGAAUGGCAGAUCUUGUAGAGAAGUUAGAUAGGGAGGCUUAUUGUAAUAAAAUUAAAGUACAUGAAAUCUCUCCUCUCCAAAAACUCGAUUUUCACCCAGAAGACGAGCUUAAAUACCUAGAUUUGUUGAUAGAAGAUUCAAAAGACAAUGAAAAUAUCGACCAAAAAUACCAAGAAGUUGUUGAUUUUAUUGAUAAAAUACUGAAUUGUAAAAACAGGAAUGAAAUCGACCACAUUAUGAAUAAUUAUUUUCAUACUUUUAUCAGCCACCUACAAAAUUCUACUCUAGCCUGAUACUACAAAUGAAGAGAUGCUUUUAUUGAGACGUUUUACUCCAAAAUAACCUCUAAAAAUACAGCUCUCAAGGGUAAAUUUGUCUAUGAUGCAUUGGUGGCUAUCUUCAAGAGAGUACUAGAGGCUGCCUUUGAGAAAGAAGAUACAGAAUGUGGGUACAAAAUCGUACCCAUUCUUCGCUCAUUCUAUUACAGCUCUUCUGAAGACAUCGGAUUUGUGUAUUUACAAAAUGAACUUAAAGACGUUGACAUGUAUGCAGAUGAUAAGUUUUGGGAGAGGUAUUGAGUGUUGUACUGAAGAGAUGUGCUCAGAGAUACAGACUUUGAUGAACAAGAGAAGAAGUAUAGAGAGUUUGAAAUCAAGAAGACUUUAUACAACUCCUGUUUCAAGCUUGGAAAAAUAAUGCUUGGCUUCAAUCUUCCCAAAGACACGAUUAAAUCUCUCCUCUUCGAGUUAAGCAAGUCUUUCAAGCUUCAACAAACUGCGAUUGAUGCUAUAUUAUGAUUAACUGAUGAAGAUAGAGAAGAACUUAAGAGAGAGAAAGAAGAAGAAAACACAAAUUCGGCCAGUGGAUGGUUUGGAGCAUUCUCUAAAAUAGGAGCCAUUUUUAACCCUCUGUCAAGCACUGAGGAUAAAAGAAAUGAUUCAUCAUCCUCAGAAGGUGAAUCGAAAAAAGAAGAGGAUGAAGAUGACGCUACAGAAGAAAAUGAGACAGUGUCUUCUAAUAUUAUUGAGGCUACUCCACAAGAAGAACCAGAUUGUAAAAAGGACUUUCAAGAGCAAAGUGAUGAGCAAAAGGAAAAUCUCAAAGAAGAUCUUAAGGAGGAAGACCAAAAGAGUAAUGAAGAUAAAUAAAGAUGAUCAAAAUUAUGAGAAAGACACUUACAUAAAACAUAAUGAGUUAGAUUUUCCCACAGAUGAUCUAGCACCACAGCCUACUCGAACCAACCAAGAAGACUCCCCUCAAAAAGAUCCUCCAGUCCAGCACUCUCAAGAAAAUGAAGAGAUAUAAUCAUUUUUCUCAAAAAUCUACUUAUCCAAUUUCAAAUUUCAAAAUCUAAA